UUGAGAACCAGGAGAAUCAAGCUAACAGUAAACAGAGUCCAAUUAGCAGAAAGUCAAGAUAUCAACUAUUCAAGCUUUCAUCUUAUCAAGUCAAGCUAAUUAGUCAAGCUAACAGCUAAUUAAAGUCAAGCUAACAGAUUACAUAAACUCAUAACAAUUGCUAAUAAACAUCUAAACACAGGCAAGCUAACAGCUAUUCAAGCUAACCUUGGCAGAUUAUUUUAGCAAGGUGAUGUAUUCAAGCUAACAGAUGAGCGAGUGAAGCUAACAGCUAAUCUGGUCAAACUAGCAGCUUUUUAGAGUAACGCUAAUAGCUAACGGUGUCUAAUAAACUGCUAUUCUGUAACAAGCUAAGCGCUAAUAGAGUUAGCGACAUAGCCUAAAGCUAAUGGUCUGACAUAAAACAAGCUAACAAAACAGCAAAAGUAUAAACUGGUAAAAGUCAAGAUGCUAACAGUCAGUGACUUAUUUCUAAUUUGAUUUAGUAUCAAUUCAUUCGAUUAUAUCGUUUUGAUUAAUCCAUUCACACUUUCAUUUCUGCUCUUGCAGCUUUGAUUUGACCAAACGGUCGUGGCGUCGUUCUUUUUCAGGGCUUUGAAGCAGAAAACAUUUUUAGAGUCGGUAACAUAAAGUGAAAGAGUCAGAUUGAAGGGCUGACUGUUUUCAGAGCUGCAUGACGAUUACUGUAUGUGUGCCCUUCUUCUUCCUGGAUUUAUUCUCAGACGGAUGCUUUGCGGUUUCGUUCACGUCAUUGUUUCACUUCCUCUGCUCUGCUCUCUUUGUCUUUCUAUGUCUCUAUAAACUCUGGCGAAUGAAGCACAAUUUAAAGAAAACGUUUUACUCUUUCAGCAGCAAUCCGAACAUCAACACCAGCAAUUAAAAAUCCUUUUUCUGAGUUUAUUGUUGGCUCUUUCUGCUGCUCUUCUUCACCUACCUCACUUCCUCCACCCACCUGCCCCGUUUCUCGCCUCUGACUCCACGCCUCGGCCGCUUCCUACCUGCAGCAUCACAGCAGCUGCGUCCAUGCUGAGAAACUGAAGCCGACUUCGAGCUCCAGAACCAAAACUGGAGCAAAACCAGGUGGAGGAAGAGGAGGGAAGAAGAGAGCGAAGACCAAACACCAACAUGAUUCACUCGAAUCAAUCCACCCACUCUAUAUUCUGCUGCUGCUGUGCUGUUCAAAGCAGGGAGAUCAGCACACGCAUGGAGCUGGAGGGCAGAACGUCUCUCUGCUUCCCAACCAGACGAUACCCCGGAAACGCUCGGCGGGUGGACAGGUCCAGGAAAAAGCUCCCUCUGCCCCCUCCGGAGAACGGAGAAGGUGAAGGUUUGGUGAGCGUCGUUGCCAUGUACGACUUCACGGCCAAGGAGGACUCGGACCUCACCAUUAAACAGGGAGAGGAAUACGUCAUCCUCCACAAGCAGGACCAGCUGUGGUGGAGAGCGGAGGACAGACACGGGAAUAAAGGCUUCAUCCCCAGUAAUUACGUAACAGAGAAGAACAGAAUCGAGGCAAACUCGUGGUACUGCAAGAACAUCACCAGAACAGAAGCUGAGCAGCUGCUGAAACAGCAGGAUAAAGAAGGUGGUUUUGUUGUGCGGGAGUCCAGUAAACAAGGAACUUACACCGUUUCUGUUUAUACAAAGACAUUAAGUCCGAACGGAGACAUUAGGCAUUACCAGAUAAAGACAACGAACACUGGACAGUUCUACCUGGCAGAAAAACACGUCUUCAGCUCCAUACCAGAUGUUAUACACUACCAUGAACACAAUGCAGCAGGUCUUGUGACCCGGUUACGGUACGCUGUGGGACCGAUGGGAAGGUGUGUUCCAGCAACAGCAGGAUUCAGCUCAGAGAAGUGGGAGAUAAACCCCAGUGAGCUGACCUUCAUGAAGGAACUGGGCAGCGGCCAGUUUGGCGUGGUGAAGCUUGGCAAGUGGCGGGACCAGCAGAAAGUGGCCAUCAAGUCCAUCAGAGAGGGAGCCAUGUACGAGGAGGACUUCGUCGAAGAGGCCAAAGUUAUGAUGAGGCUGUGCCAUCCCAAACUGGUCCAGCUGUACGGCGUCUGCCUGAAGCACCGCCCCCUGCUGAUCGUGGCUGAGUUCAUGGAUAAUGGCUGCCUGCUGAACUACCUGCGGAAAAGGGGCGGAGCUCUGAAGGAGGCCUGGCUUAUGUCCAUGUGUCAGGACAUCUGUGAAGGGAUGGAGUACCUGGAAUCUCACAACUUCAUCCACAGAGACCUGGCAGCCAGAAACUGUCUGAUUAACGAGAACAACGUGGUGAAGGUCAGCGACUUUGGGAUGACCAGGUACGUUCUGGACAACCAGUACACCAGUUCCAGCGGCGCCAAGUUCCCGGUGAAGUGGUCUCCUCCGGAGGUUCUGCACUACAGCAAAUACAGCAGCAAGUCGGACGUCUGGUCCUUCGGUGUGUUGAUGUGGGAGAUCUUCUCCGAGGGUCGAACGCCGUUUGAGAGCCGCUCCAACUUUGAGGUGGUGAACGACAUCACCAGAGGGAUCCGGCUGUACCGGCCGCACCGCGCCUCCCAGCCGCUGUACACCAUCAUGUACCGCUGCUGGCACGAGAAACCUCAGGGUCGGCCGGCGUUCUCUGAACUCUUGGAGGAAAUCAGAAAACUGGCAGAAAAUCCAGACUAACACAAAGAUACUAUUCUUUUACCUCUGAAUAUCAAACUGUUUUUAAACUCAUAUGUACAAAUAAAACAUGUUUUAAUGUUGUAUGUAGAUGUAUAAAUUAAACUUACGUAUGCCGGUGCUUUAAAUCAUUUAUUUAUUUUGAAAUAUGCAAUAAGACCAGCAAGAGAUUUUAAAUUUUAAGCUGAUUCUAAUGUGAAGUUGGUUUUAUAUAUAUGAAGCUUCUGUUUAUAUUAAUGUACAGACUGUAAAGUACAAACUAGCAGCAAAACUGUGUAUGAUUGUUGAUGAAGCAUGAAUGAGUGAAUAAAUGUCACUUUAAAUCU